UUUUAGUUGCGCAAUAUGCAGUAUGUGUUCAAUUAUUUGUGUUUUCCUAAAAAUGACUCUCAAAUAAUAAAUAUUAUUUCAAAAGAAUUUUGUUGUUUUGUUUUAGUGAAAAUGUGGCUUUAAAAGUGUUGUUGUCUUAUUUCAGUGAAUAAAUUGUAAAUAAUAUAACUUAAUAUGACAUAUUACGGAUUUUACAUUAAUAUUUAAGUUAUGUGUAAAUAUCAAAAAGAUACUUUCAUAUGAUAGCUUUUGGGCAAUGAAACAUUUUCAAAAAGCUUUCUCAAGUUUACUACUACCAAGUUCAUAAAUGUAAAUAAGUCAUCAUAUUGAAAAAUUCUGCAAUGAUGAAUGGCUUUAGUACUGAAGAAGAUUCACGAGGUCCAACAGACCAGAUAUGCUGUUUAGUUGAUAAUAAUGACAGAUGUGCUAAAACUGCAGGAAAUGCUUCGUACAGCAAAAGAAUUCAAAAGACAGUUCAGCAAAGGAGGCUUAACCUCAGCAUUGACGCUUCUGCCAGACAUACCUACAUUUGUGAUUUUCACAAAAUGAUCAUUCAAUGUGCAAGAUCUAAAAGAAGACGUAAAGACUCAGAAGAUGACAGUAAUGAAACUGAUACAGAUAUUCCAGAAGUGGAUUUAUAUCAACUUCAAGUUAACACAUUAAGACGCUACAAGAGACAUUAUAAAGUUUCUACAAGACCUGGUUUAAAUAAAGCACUGCUUGCUGAUAUGCUCAUGAAACAUUUCAAAACAAUACCUGUAAAGGAAAAAGAUGUACUAACAUUUUUUAUUUAUACAGUUAAGACUAACAGUAAUAAAUUGGACCUAAAAAAUGGUAUUAAUAGUGAUGCAACAUAAUUAUUGAUCCCUUGAUGUAAUUGUUAAGUAGAGUAAGUUGCAAGUAUGUUUUUUAUAUGAUAAUGUAAUUAACAUAUGAAAUUUUAUUUUUUGAAUAUUUAUUAUCUGUCCAAUACAGAAUUUCGAUAAGGAAGCUCCUUUGCCAUGUUCAUACAAUUAAGCACAUGUACCUAUUACAUUUUAUUAAUCAAACAUUAUUAGUGAUAAAAGUAAAACACCAAUAGUUAUUGAUUUAUAAUUGCAUUAAAAAUGUGUGUAUGGCAAAUGUGUUUUGAAAAUACUUUUUGAUAAUGCAAUGAUGCAACUGCAUUGCAAGACAAUUGUAAUAUGAUUAAUUGUUUUGAAACCAAUAACAACUAUGAUAUUGUUUAAUUCAUAUUAUUAAAAUAAAAGGUUAAAUUUCUUGAGGAUUGAAA